GACAGUUGCCGCCAUCACGGGUAUGAGUUGUGUGCAACCUAUCAAGCUAGCCGAGGUCACCAAGGUGCUGGGCAGGACCGGUUCCCAGGGACAGUGCACGCAGGUGCGCAUGGAAUUCAUGGAUGCUACCAGCCACUCCAUCACGUGCAGCGUGAAAGGACCCGUGCGCGAGGGUGACGUGCUCACUCUAUUGGAGUCAGAGCAAGAGGCUUGGAGGCUGCGCUGAAUUUGUGUCUGGGUCCUGGCUGUCUGGGUGGACCACCUGGCCAUGGGGAAGAUGUUCCACUGUUAAUAAAGUGUUUAGG